AUGUUGAGCGGGUUCAUAGGGACUGAGUGCUAUAACUUAACUGCUUUACAGAACAAUUAAAAGGAAAUGAAUGCAAAAAAAAAUGAAAAGGAGUAUUUAAUGUUUUUGAUUAUUCUCUUGGAGAGAGUAGUUUUAAGCUUUGGUUUGAUGUUUAUUAAAAUUAAGAUUUACUUUUCCAACAUGAUUGAGAAAUAUCACUCACUUUACAAAAUAAUUGGAGAAAUUUAUGAAAUAAACUUUGUUGCAGGUGAGGAAGAUGCUAAGCUACGCGAAAGAUUGAGAAAAAAAUUUGAUUUCUCCUUCUUUGAAUUUGAAAAUGGAUUUGAACCUCAUGAAGAUGAGUUAUUGUAAUCAACUUUCGAAAAUACAGUCUACAAUGCUCUAUAUAUUUCUGAAUAAAGAUAAGCUUAACUAAAGAAAAUGAAUUUUGCUCCUAAAAUCUAAGUUAAGCAAAUUGAAUACAUGAAAAAAUCUCUAAGCAAAGAUAGCAAAAACUAAAUCAAAGUUGUUUCUUUUAACUUGAGCGAAUAAGCAGAAUUAAAUGACACCCAACAGCUUUAGGUUUAAAAUUGA